AGCAAUACAAAGCCUUACAGGAACCAAAAUACUAUUUAUAAUAAAAAUUAAGAUUAAGUUAAUAAAAAAUUAACAAUUAAAAAUGUGUAAUUGUAAUUGUCAAAAUGUUCGUUACCUCAUUCUGUGCUCUCUCCUCGGCCUCGCCUAUUCGCUUCCUGUUCCAAAUGAGAAUAAAAAUAAAGAUUUUGAGCCUACCGCAACCUCUACUACACUAAACCCGAAUUUGAUAGACAUGAAUCUUCGACAACAUCAGCAAAAUCCAACACCAACAGAUUUGAAUUCGGUUUUGAUUUUGCAACCUAUUGUUGAACAGCCAAAUCCAUUAGAAAGUAUAUCUGAUAUACAUAACCGACGCACACGUCGCACCUUAACUCCAACACAACUUAAUGAACCUGUCGAUUUGGAGUUUGAUAUGGAGCUCGCUGAGGUUAACGUCUUCCGUCCACUGUUUCGUUAUCGCGCUGAAGUAGCACGUAAUGUUGGACAAAGGCAACAAUUUGGAUAAUACCGAUUGGCAUAUACAUAUUUAGUUUAUAUAAAUAAAAAUAAAA